AUGUCAACAUCCACCCCGGAUCCCACUUCGGAUGCAUCUAUCUUUCAACCAUUACUGCUGUUGCCUGUCUGGUACGACCUGCAGACGCCAUCCAACGAUGCAAUGUCUGAAAGCGAUCAUGAUUCAGUGAUCCCAGCCCAACUUUCAUAUCUUGCCAUCUACAACCCGACCCUCGGACCUACCGACGAGACGAUAGCGGACCAGAUCGUGUUCUAUACUUCGAGAACGAGCUAUGCACGGCGCGUCGAUGGCUCCACGGCAGAAGGCGAAGCAAAUAAAUGCCUUGAAGAUGAAGAGAACGACAGAUUGCGCCAGAUAGGUCUGGCGCAGGGCAUAGUCAACUUUGCUAGUAACUUCUCGGCUGGAAAGACACUGGAAUAUGUUGAAACAGAAAAAUCGCGGGUCGUUCUACUUGAGUUAGAGAAGAACUGGUGGAUCGUUGCCUCUAUCGACCUGACUCGAAUUCCUGCCGAUCCUGUCCAGAAAUCCUCUGGAGCAUCCGACUCUCCGACAUUUCAUUAUUCGUCGCGAGAGAUGGGACCGCCGCCUCUCCUAAUCCAGCAAUUACGUCGCGCCCAUUCGGAAUUCCUCCUGCACCAUGACUUCAAAUUGGACGACAUCCUCCGUCAAGCCGGCAGAUCCACAUUUUGUCUGUUCCUUGAACGUUUCUGGGAGAACUUUGCGUGGAAUUGGGAACUUCUGUUGACCGGAAACCCAAUUGUCGAUAUCUAUAAUGGCAUCAAACUCUCUGCGGGAGGAGAGUUGGGGAUCGGCGUCGGGGAGGAAGAGUGGGGCAGUGGGGAAAGAGAAGUACUUGAAGACUUCGUGACAAGAACCGACGGAUUGGUGGACUUGGUUGUCUCCAGGUUUGGUGAUCCGUCCCCACAGUUAGAGGGGCCUCCCGCUUUAGCAGGGUCAAAUGACCAAAACCGAUGGCUUGGGGCAGAUAAUGAUCCUCGACCAUCCGAUGGUGUGGUAUUUACUGGUGUUGGUGCUCUUUCUCGGCACUCAUUGGCGCAAGUAUCACAUUGGAUGCAAUGCAUUUAUCGUUUUGGAGAUGCUGCGUAUGGAGUUGGGCGGGACCCAACCUCGUUGCAUCGCCGUAAACCACGAAAGCAGCGCGGAAGGCAAAUUUCAGAAGAUGCCCCUCAGCCUUCCACACCAGAUCGCGAUUUUAAGCCAGGUAUACCUCGUCCGCUCAUAACGGCAGCACCGCAGCCAGUUCCAGAAGUCGUUGAGGAGAAUCGAGCAGGAACAAGAAAUGAGGCAUCACCACUUCGGACGGAGCAAAAAAGCGAGCUUCCAGGAUUUCCAACAGAGGCGGUCAUGAAGUACCUCACUCUAGGAUAUGGUUCCUCUUGGGGUUUCUCUCCAAAGUCGACAUCUACGCCGUCUGAAAGUUCCACCCCAAUGAGAGAUGAAUCCAAUUCAAACGUCUCAACCCCGAAAAAUCAGCCCACCGGUGCUGUACAAUCGCCUCAGGUCGGCGUAAAACAUCGAAACAGCACGAGGAACAGCCCUUCGGGCCAUUUCGUUCUUGGGCCUCGUGAUGAUCUAGAAAAAUUGGAUGCUUUAGAAGAGAGAAGCCCAGAACCUGAAUCCGAGAACGGCAAACCCAAGACUCGGAUAGUGCAUAGAACUCUACAUGUCCACCUGGCAGAUGGGUCAGAUACUACUCCGACAAAGCUCCAAGUUGUGAUAUAUGUGCAUCAACCAUUCAUGUUUACAUUCCUCAUUGAUCCUCAAACACCAGCAUUGUCAUACCCGUCACUAUACUCAAGCAUGCACCACCAACUUGGUCCUCUCCAGAAACCGCUUCUGUCAUCAACAUCCCCAACAGCGGCAGCCUCCCGAAUCGCCAUGUCUGAUACCUCCCCAGAUCCCAAUAAACGUUUCUCUACUCGAACCCAGCCAGUUUACGACCUAGUCUAUGACCCAUCUAAUCUAACCAUCCGCUCCUCCAUCCCCAACAUCCCCAGCAUGAGCACCACUUCAUCCUCCACCCAACCAACAAACUCACCAGCCCGCUCCCCAUCCCCCUCUCCCUUCCCCUCCCCAUCGUCAGCCCAACCACCUUGGUCCCGUGUUGAAAGCCUAGCAAUCCACCACCGCCUCCUAUCAACACACACAGACACGCGCUCCCGCCCACAAGAGCUCGAACGCACAAGCAAAACCCAGCGCGGAUGUCAGUCCCAAGCUCCUGCUCCCCCGCCCCAGGAGGCCUUCCUCGUCCGCAAAGCGAGUGACUACAUAUCCCCGGCAAACCAUGGCCGUGUCAGCAGUGGCGCUCGCUUCUUCCGUGAUCUAGGCGGUGCGUCUUCAUCCGCUGGAUUGACGGGGUCCCGUGCUGCGGAUAUGGCGCCGUCAAAACUGGUUGAGGGGCUUGGCAUGGACGCUAGGCGUUAUAUUGAGGGCCUACUGAGCUUGAAUCGAUAG